AUGGCUAUCUUUCAAGUUUCUCGAUACAAAGUAUCUUCUACAUCAAAGAGUGAGGAAGAGGAAGAGGAAGAGAGAGAAACAGUACCUCUGGAUCUUGCCUUUCACGUUGUCGAUGGUUUCAACCUCAAGAGUGAUGGACUUUCAGACAGGUACCUUGGUCAGAAUAAUUUGCAGAAGUACACCAGCAGAAGCCCAUUUGAGUUUUUCAGCCAGGUGAAAAUUACUUGUACUUGUGGUGCAAGCGGCACGGAUACACUUAAACCAGGUGAGACUCUAGAUUACUCCAGCUUCUUAGUUUCUGCGAACGGGAAGUUCACUUUGGGUUUCUAUGUAAGUGAUCAUAACAAUUCGAAGUAUUCCAGAUACCUAGGUAUCUGGUGCAAGCAAAAUUAUAUGAAUUACCCAUGGAUUGCGAACCGAGACAAACCUAUUCCAUACCCUUUUGUGGCAGUUCUUGCUUUGGAAAAAACCAAUUCAACCCUCAAAAUUACACUCAAUAAUGGUACUGGAAGCCCUAUCCAGCUUUACACUGCUCCAAAAGCCUCUACCAACAUCAACACUAGUAAUGUUAUGGCUACCCUUUUGGAUUCUGGUAAUUUUGUCCUGCAAGAAGUCAACUCUGAGUCUCUUAAUGGAUCAACGGUGAAGAGGGUGUUGUGGCAAAGUUUUGACUAUCCGACGGACAUCCUUUUGCCAGGUAUGAAAUUAGGUAUUGACCAUCGAAAUGGUCACAUUUGGUCACUUACAUCUUGGCUUACCGAGUACAGCGGAGAGCCGGGUCCUUUCACUCUUGAUUGGGAUCCCAGCGAACGCCAAUUGAAGAUUAGGCGACGUGGGGUGGUCUACUGGACUAGCGGAGCCUUCAUCAACAAUAACAGAUUUAAAUUCAUAUUACCAGAUGAUGAAUCCAUUGUGAGAUAUAAUUUCACAAUUGUUUCAAAUGAGAAUGAAGACUAUUUCACUUUCGCAAGUGCUAAUGCGGCAUCAGAAUGGAUGUUGACCACAACGGGGAGACUAAUUGACCUUGAUGGAGGAGUUGAUAUUGCACAAUCAGGUAACUGCCAUGGCCAAAACACUGAUGGAGGAUGCCAAAGAUGGGAUUGUACGCUGAUCCACGUUAGAUUUGAACCAGGAAGUGGUGAGUUUCAUCAAAUGAGCAAAUCUGACUCGGAUUCAACAAUCUCAACUGAUCCCGAUACAAGUCUCAGCAGCAGUGAUUGUAUGGGCACUUGUAUGAGCUCUUGUGACUGUAUUGGAUUCAGCUCUCUAUUUGAUAAUGAGACUGGAUGCAAGUUUUGGAGUGGAAACUGGAAGUUCAUUGAAGACUAUCUCUCUGAUAAUACUACAAGGGUUUUUGUACAAACACCAAAGGCAACCCGUUCUGAUGCAGCACAUGAUAAGUGGUUAUGGAUUGGCUCUGGCAGUACCGCAGCCGUGCUUUGGAUCGUGUGCUAUUUACUAAGGAGAAGAAAAUUACUACGUUCCGGGACAGUGAUUGAGAAUGUAUUGGUCGACUUAACGGACACUAAUGUCAACGGACUUCAAAAUGAUGGAGUACUGAUGAAACAUGAUUUAAGAGUAUUUAGCUAUGCAUCUGUCAUGGCUGCCACAGACAACUUCUCCAUUAAAAACAAGCUUGGUGAGGGGGGAUUUGGACCUGUUUAUAAGGGAACAUUGGAAUCGGGACAAGAAAUAGCCGUGAAAACGCUUUCAAGAUGUUCAGGGCAAGGAACAUUCGAGUUUAAGAAUGAAUUGAUACUCAUAUCUGAACUUCAACAUACGAAUCUUGUUCGUCUGUUUGGAUUUUGCAUUCAUAACGAAGAGAGGAUGUUAAUAUAUGAGAAUAUGCCAAACAAAAGUUUGGACUACCUUUUAUUUGGUACUGAUCCAACCAGAGGCCUGUUACUAGAUUGGAAGGCGCGUUUCGACAUAAUUGAAGGAAUUGCUCAAGGAUUGCUUUAUCUUCACAAAUACUCAAGAUUGAGAGUAAUUCAUAGAGAUCUAAAAGCUAGUAAUAUACUACUUGAUGAAAAUAUGAACCCUAAAAUCUCUGAUUUUGGUAUGGCAAGGGCAUUUGUCCAUAAUGAACUGGAAGCAAAUACAGAUAGGAUCGUUGGGACAUUAGGUUACAUGUCUCCUGAGUAUGCCAUGGAGGGAAUUUUCUCCCCAAAAUCCGAUGUCUACAGUUUUGGAGUACUAAUGCUUGAAAUCAUAUGUGGUAGAAAAAACAGCAGCUUCUACAAUGAUGGUCGUGUGAUCAGUAUAGUGGGUUAUGCAUGGGAGUUAUGGAAAGAAGGUGCAGGGCUAGAACUUAUGGAUACAACACUAGGCGAGUCAUGUGUUAAGGAUCAAUUGUUGAGAUGCGUCCAUGUUAGUCUAUUAUGCGUGGAGAAAAAUGCUGUCGAUCGACCGAGCAUGUCAGAUGUCAUAAAUAUGUUGACCAAUGAAGGUGUGCCAUUACCUAUACCUACAAAGCCAGCAUUUUUCACAAAAAGAAGGGUGGUCGGCCGGGGUGGUGUGGGUGGAAAUGAUUUGGAACUUAUAUCAAUAAAUGGCUUGUCUAAUUCGGAUUUGGAGGGACGUUAA